AAAUUAGUUGUUUAUUAAUUUAAUAUUUUUCUCUGUUAUUUAGAUUAUUAUUGCAAUUUAGCGUAGUUUAUUAUAGUAGUUUUUAAUUAUUGUUAAGUAUUAGUGCUUUUUGAUUCGGAACUUUUAUUUGUGUAUUUUAUUUACUUGUUUAAAGAAGUAUGAAAUAUUUUAAAGUCCAACCAUGAAGUUAGCAAGGUAUAAGAAAGCCCAGAAAUAUUUGAAAUUCUACUACAACAACUAUGGCUUCCGCCAACCCUAUCAAGUCAUGAUGGAUGGAACAUUCUGUUUUGCCGCCUUCCAACAACACAUAAACAUACGUGACCAGCUCCCUAAAUACCUCGAUGGGAAUAUAAAAUUUUUAACUACAAGAUGUAUAAUAGUAGAAACGGAGAAAGUUGCAAAGAAGACACAAGGUGCCCUCGCUAUUAUAAAACAGUUUGGAAUCCAUGAAUGUGGUCAUAAAGAACCGAAAAGUGGUACGGAAUGUAUUUUAUCCAUGAUAGCUGAUGUUAACGAUAAGCAUUAUAUAGUUGCCACCCAGGAUCGUGAUUUGCAAGAACGUUUAAAACGAAUGCCUGGAGUACCACUUAUCUAUCUACAUAAUAAGUCUCCGACAUUGUUGAAGCCUUCGUCGGAAAGUUAUAGCAAAGCAUAUCAGCUGUAUUCAGGCGACUCCAGUAGAUUGAUAAGUGUAAGUCAAAGUGAAGCAUUAGAAAAGAUGAAGAGGAGUCUCGGUAUUGAAAGUACUCCAGAGGAAAAGAAAAUAGUAGCCAAAAAACCACAUAACCCAAAUCCUUUGUCAUGCAAGAAGAAAAAGAGAAAGAAUGAUGUUAAACAAAAUGUUAAAGAGGGAAAAGUUAGGAAACGAAAAAAGAAUAAUCAACAAGUUGUAAUGAGGAAAAAAUAAAGCUA